GGGUCUUGCCAGACGUUACGGCUUGAAAUCUGGGCGCUAAUGGCAUGGUGUCAGCAUGGAGACAGAGGGGCAGUCCGGGCCCCAGGUUUCUGUAUGGCUGGAGUCAGCUCAGAGGCACGUUCAAGACUUUCUGUGUAAUCGGGAAAAGUCUGUCCCUCCUGACCUAGGGGAUGCCAUCAUUAGAUGCCUUCGUGGUCAAUGCUCACAGCUUCCUCUGAGCUACAGUUUUACCCCAAUAUCUGAGCUGAUCUCCUUGCAACAUUCUCCAUGUGUGUCUCUCCUGGGUUGGAGCACCGAUAACUUUCAGACAUGGUCUCAGGAAGGGAUAAGUCGGGGGCAAGAUCCUCCUUUAGCAAGAAACAAGAUUCUCCCCCGAGUGCGGCUCCUUCUUGUUGGUUAUAUCUCAGACCAGACCUCUGGUAGCAGCAAGUUGUAUGAUGGAAACUUGUACUUCAAAGAUAAUAGCGGCUCGAUACCAUGUGAGAUGUCUCACCUGGAUUUCUCAUUGCUGGAAACGUUGGUUCUUCUCCCUUGUUGGUCUUACAUCCCUUCUCAGCAUGGGAGUUCUACAGGAGGAUACCUAGAGGUGGUAGCUCCCCCUUUACCAAUUAUACCACCUGCUCUGAUUGAAUACUCUGUAGAUCCUGCAGCUCUCACUCCUACAAGUGCCUUAUUGCUACUAAAUGACAGGUCCAGACGUAGGAAAUCUCUCUUCUCUAUAACAGGGAAGCUUUUGUUUGUCACUUCGCUUGUGAAUAUCCGACAAAAAAUAUUUUUUUGCUUUUAUCUAGAAGAUCCACAAAGUUGGGUCCCAGUGAUUGUGCAGGUUCCCUCCAAGCUGUUCUGGUAUCAUGCACUAUGUGUUGGUGAAACCUACGAAAUAACAUCGCUGUCUAUGCUCUCUCUGCGUGGAUCCUCCCGACAUGUUUUUGCUGUGACUGCUUCCUCUCGAUUCCAUAGCCACCUCCGACAGUCUGUGCCACAACUUGUCACCUCCACCAAUGAACAGACCGAGGUCAAAGGCGGGAACAAAGAGUAUGAUCAUCCACAGAAACGUAGAGCAAAAAUGGAAAAAGAGAGGAUUGCCAAGACUCUUACAUAUGAGGGUGUUUUGACCCGUGUUCUGGAUGCACGAGCUGGCCUAUAUGAACUGGACAGAAAGGUGACUCUCUGCAUAGCAUAUCUGCAGCUUCUUAAUGGAGGAAGAGGACUACGUGAAGGUGCAACAGUGCAGAUAUCCAAUGUCCAUCUCCAGCAAUCUCCUAGUCCUCUCUUUUCCACACUUGUUCUCUCUUGCUGUCUCAGAAGCAAGUUGACAGUCUUGGAGUUCUCACGAAUCUGCUCGCCCCUGUCACCAGUUUGUGCAGCCAGUGCUCUACAUCUCCACCUCCUCUUCCGUUACCGCCUGACUCUUCCUGAGUACCUAUGGAUGUCGGAUAUUAUGGACAAGCUACAGCAAAAACUUUGUCCUCGUUUUGUCAAAUAUUGCCAUCUUUCGGGUCCUCACGGCUCCAGGACCCAAGGUGUCGCAGAAAAUCUGCUCCACAAGACCCUUUCCUCUUUCUCAAAGCCAGGAGAGAGAAGUGAGAGAGAUCUUCAAAAAGAAAUCCUAGGAGAACCUCACAGUUGCCCCCUCCAAACGUACUCUCCCCUCCUUCCUCCCUGGUGUCUUCUCCCCAUUGCCAAAUUACCGUCCUUGGUCUCUGACGACCGAUAUCUUCAGACUGAAGAAUCAGUUCGCUCUCUUCAGUGGUCUUACCAUGUUGCUCUGCCAGAAGACCUUCCUGACCGGCCUGUCCUGGUAGGCGUUCUUUACAUUUCUUCAUCGGGGACUCUGAAGUUAAAGGACCAGACAUGUUCUCUUCCCUGCCUGGUUUUACCUCUCCCACCCGUCACUUGGAUUGGCUCUGUUUUAGAGGUGCGACAGUAUCAGCUGGUCACAGAAAAGGUUAAGAACAAAGAGAAGAUGGAUAGGCAACGCAGCAAGACAUACUUUCUUUUCCUUACCCACAAUGUGAAAAUACUCUACCCAUAUGAAAACUGCCCCAAGUCUCCCCUGCCAACCUCAAACGUAUCUACUUCUAAGAAGCCACGCGUGGUUGGACCUUGGGCUAGUCGCCUGCUCUUAAUCGAGGAGGUAGAAGGACUACUGCUGACCUCUGACAGUGGGGAGAUGCAAUUCCAAGCCAGAGCCUCAUGGAUGGGGUCGCCAAGACCACUAGACAAGGAAGAAACUGAUGGAAAUGAAAUAAAGCAGGACAAACCAUCUAAGGUGGUUUUAAUAUUUGCUGGUACUUCAAUUCGAUGGCAUCAUUUCAUUCAGCCCUACAGUGUAUAUCGUCUGAUUGCAAGUGGAGAGACGGAUCUCGAAAUAUUUGAUAAACUUGCCAAGCAAACACUACCAAGUCCACACAGACCCCAGUGUCUCACCAUCCCGUGUGAAUGGACAUUGCAAGAUGUGCAGACUACAGAGAAUUUUUCUCCCUCCAAAGAUAUUAUUUCUGUGGAAGAAGUAUUAAAGAUGAGGUCCACAGCAUCUCUGCUGAAUGUAACUGGUGUGGUGUCUCGUCGUUUGAUGUGCGACCAACAUGGCACAAGCAUGUAUCCCUGCAGGAGCCAUUUCCCAAGUAAGCACAGAGACACAAUCUUUGCCAAUGGUCCCCUUUAUUUGUCUCUGACAUACUUUCUUUUCGCCUCAGAUAGCUUCCUUCUAGAUGGCGUCUCCAUUAAGGUGACCUUGUGCGAAGAGGUCAGUUAUGCCUGUGUGUCUGUUUAUUUGAACGUAUCCCGGGGCCCCUAUCCUCUGGGGCUGCUUCCAGGGGCCACUGUAUUACUACGAGGCGUGGAGAGAAAGGUGUCCAGGUCAGGCAGUGUCUAUCUUCGCAGUGUUCCUGUUACCUGUGUGAGAAUCCUCAGCCCCCCAGCACAGAACAGUCAGCAAAUUGCAUCUCCUCCACUUGUGACAUUCGCACAGCUCCCAGGACUCCCAGUUCCUCGUCGGGCCGUGUGCUUAGUAUCGUGUGUUCUUAGCAUGACCCUGUCCUGGGACUGUUCCCUAUGCGGUGUUACAUUUUGUAAGGGUUCGUGUCUUCGCUUCCCUUCCUGUCCCUCCAAGUCAGGAGAUUUCUGUGCUAAAGCCAGUGUGAAAGCAGAGGAUGGAUCUGGGGAGGUGCUCCUGCAUCUUCACAAUGAGGCGGUCUCCUUGAUGUUGGGCAUUUCAGACAACAUGUGGGAGGCUUUGAAGACUCUGAUCCUUUCCAGAGGAAAGGUGACUGUGAAAAAUCGAGGGAGGACAUACGAGACAAUGGCUGAGGAGCAAAGUGAAGACUCUCUCAAGUCCUAUUUGACAUCCCUGAUGACCAGCUCUAGAGUGUGUCGUCCCUUGGUCCUGACCUUUACUCAGCGUAUUAGGGGAUCCCUAUCUGAAGAACCAUCAAAUCUGACGCGUUUUACAAGAGGGGAGCGUGAUUACAUCACCAGAGUUCCUUCUCCCGCAACCCUAACAUGUCUGCGUCUCGAGGAAGUGGAACCUCGUGCUUUAUGUUACUUGAUUAGAGAAAGAAAUCAGGCUGGAUGUGUGUGACGUGAUAAGUAAUGAUUACAGCUGAGCUUUUUUUAAUCUUAGACUAAUCAAGCACUUUAAAAGAAAUUAUGUAUACUUGGUAGUAUAAUUUUGCUGAGCUGUAGUCUUUAUAACUCUGGAUAUUUGUUUUGUCUACCUAUCUCGGGUCUUGUUAAUACACAGGCUUAGUCGGACUCAGAUUCGGGUAUCCGUCAUCAAAUCAAUAUAAUGUUUUUAAAAUGAUCCCUUCUCCUUUAAAAAAAAAGAAAAGUGUACAUAACAUCCUAUAUCUAACAUUUUAUAUCUCAAAGUCUUGUUUUAUACUUUUUUUUUUUUUUAUUCUAAAAUAUUG